AUGGAGCUGAAUGAAGGUGAGUCUCAUUUGGUUAAGUCUAGUGUUUCCAAUGAGGAUGAGCAUGAUUCAGUUGGUGAUGCAGUUGGUUUGGCUAGUAUGUUGAUUGAUUUUGAUGCCUCUAAUGUUGAGGCUAAGCAAAGAGGUGCUAGCAAGGUAAAGUGUGCCAGUACCAUUAGGGACUUAAAUAAGGGUUAUGGUAUUGAUAUUUUUGUUGUGCUUGAGCCUAGAAUUGGUGGUUCUCGAGCUCUCUCUAUUGCAAAGGGUUAUGGUAUUGAUAUUUUUGUUGUGCUUGAGCCUAGAAUUUGUGGUUCUCGAGCUCUCUCUAUGGCAAAGAGUUUGGGAUUUUCUCAUUAUCAUAUUGUGGAUCUCAUUGGUUUUUCUAGGGGUGUGUGGCUACUUUGGAAUGGAAGUUCUGUUUCUUUACAAGUUGCUGCGCAUUCAAGUCAAACCAUUACUCCUUUAGUCACUAUGGAUGCUAAAAGGUGGUUGCUAAUAGUAUUUUAUGCUAGUCCUUGUUCUAGUGUGAGAACUUCUCUUGGAAGUAUUUAG